AUUGAACGCACUGUUAGGAUGUCUCAUUCGACGUUGAGAAUUAAUGGCCAGCGGCUCAAUAGUAGCUUGCAGUCUACAUGCUCAACGUGGGGAGCCAUCACGAACUCUACAGGCAUGCGCCGACUAGCACUGAGCAAGGAAGACAAAAGUGUCAGGGACUGGCUUGUUGAGGAAUGCAAGGCUUUGGGAUGUAGAGUAAAAAUCGACCAGAUGGGAAAUAUCUUUGCGAUUCGGGAUGGAACCUCCCAGGAUAAAUUGCCAAUCGCAAUGGGAAGCCAUCUAGACACCCAGCCUGCAGGUGGUCGUUAUGACGGGAUUUUGGGAGUCCAAGCAGCUCUCGAAGUGCUCCGAACACUGCACGAGAACAACAUCCAGACACAUUGCCCAGUAGCUCUUAUCGACUGGACGAACGAAGAAGGUGCCAGGUUUCCCGGGGCGAUGAUGGCGUCUGGGGUAUGGUCUACAAAGUCCUCGACUGGUCUUGAAGCAUGCCAUGAGAUCAAGGACAUGGAAGGUACUACCAUGCAAAAAGCAUUGGAAGAUACUGGUUACUUGGGGCAAACUCCAUGCAACUACCGAGAAAAUGGUCUUGAGAGCUAUUUCGAACUACAUAUCGAGCAAGGUCCAAAACUAGAAGCAACAAACAACCGAGUGGGAGUUGUCACUUCCGUUCAGGGGAUGAAGUGGUAUGCUAUGCGGGUUUCUGGAGUGGAAGGCCACUCUGGAACGACUCCGAUGGACCAAAGAUCCGAUGCCCUGGUCACGGCUGCGAGAUUGAUAGCUGCUGUUAGUGACACGGCCAAGGCAACUGGCCUGGGUGUUGCUACUGUCGGAGUGAUAACUUCAGACACUCAGAGCCAAGCCACAAUUCCCAGUGGGGUUGAAUUCAUUAUAGAUAUCCGUUGUUCAACAGAUGCCAUGGUUGAAGAUCUAUGUACUGCCAUCUUCAAACAAUUUGAUGGGAUUAUACAGAAGGAGAAGAACAGCACGUCAUAUUCCGUUGUGCGUACGUGGGGUUUGCCAGAGUCUAUUUUCCAUGAUGAUUGUAUUUCUGCCGUUCGAUCUGCUGCUGUGGCAGAAGUAGGGCUGUCUAAGAUCAUGAAUAUGAAGAGCGGUGCUGGUCAUGACGCUGCAUGGACGAGCAAAGUAGUCAAGAGCAGUAUGAUAUUUGUACCCUCCAAAGACGGAAUAAGUCACAAUCCUGCUGAAUACACAACACCUGAGGAUUGUGCUUUGGGGGCACAAGUCUUACUACAGGCAGUCCUCCGGUAUGAUGAGAGUAUUAGAAAUGGGAUAAGUCCAUGA